GGGGCUGGAUUUUUCAUAUUGCUGGCAUCACACACUAUAAAGAUUUAACGGAGGCGGACCUGUUGUUCGCCGUUCGCGAGAGGUACACCACUGUGAAGAGACUGGUCAUGAAACGGCCAGCAGGGGCACCCAGAACUGAUGCUGCUCUUUCAGGAGUAACAUCACGACCACCACCGGCUGCACGUCAACAAGAUUCAUCUUCUAACUUCCCCAUAGCUGAUGCUGCUGCCGCUGCUGACGGCGGUGGCAUGCUAGUGGAGAUCCAGUUUGCGGGCCCUCAGCCCAGCGAAGGAUGCGGCGCGCUCCUGUGCAAUCUGCUCCGCGGGUCCUCAGUGGAAGCACGGGCGGUGGAGCUACCGCGCGGCCGCAAGAAAAAAAUCGCGACGAGCGUCACACCAGAAAACGGCAACAACGACAUUUUUGAAGGUGGGGUGCACACACACGAGAGAGAGCAUGAGAACAAAGCAACUUAA